AUGACAGAUGAGCCCCUCUGCAGCCAAAUCAACGCCCUGGAAUCGCCCAAUUGCACCGACUACCACGUCUUCCUCGUGCGCGGAACCGACUCGCCAAUCCCGGGACACAUGGGCGAACUGAUGAAAUUAUUCUGCGACGGAAUCAAUGGAACCUGCGGCUUCGAAAACGUCAACUACCCCGCGAGGAGCAACAUGGCCGGCAAGGAUGCGUGGUGCGAGUCUGCGCACCAGGGUGCCAUCAACGGGCAGAAGCAGAUGGGCGACUACGCCAACAAGUGCGCAGAUUCCAACCUCGUUCUUCUCGGCUUCUCGCAGGGCGGCUCGGUGGGUCUUGACAUCCUCGGCGGUGGCGGCGGCGCCGUCUUCGAAUGCGAACAACAACAAAACGACCCUCUCAAUCGGACUGAAGUGCCCGGUUCCCACAUUGUUGCUGCAUCGGUUUUUGGUGCCGUCCGACGGACUGGUGGUUUGCCAUUCUCAGUCAAGGACGGAAAGGACUUCGACGGACGACACACCCGUUCCGAUGAGCAGAACAAAGGCCUAAUGGAGUACGCCGACAUCUUGCGCGACUACUGCAAUCACGGCGACUACAUGUGCGCGGUCGGGAGCGAGCCCAGCUCUCUCGAGAUCCACCUGAAUUAUUUCGAAAAGUACCAGGUUGAGGCGGCAGAUUGGCUAGUCAAGACGGCGGAGAACACGACGGCGCAGAAGAAGGCCGCCGCCGAGGCGAACAACAAUCGCGUUGGCGACGGCGAUAAGGACGGCGACAAGUCUGCGGCUUCGAGCGUCACGUUUGGUUCGACGGCUGCUUUGCUUGUUGCCUCUGCGGGAUUGUUGCAUGUUUUUUGA